CGAGGAGCUGAGGAAUUGGAUUGAUAGUCGAGGGAGCUAGGACGAGCGGAGGUGUAGAUAGAGGUGGCGAGAAAGAAGCGAAUGGCGAGUGGAGGAGGGGCCGAACAGCACCUUCCGCACCAUUUGCAGCAGCACGCGGGGUCCGUGGACGUACAGAGCGUGGUUGGAGUGUCAGGCAUGGGUGAUAGCCCUGGGGAAGGGGAAGGACAGGCUGGGGACCUUGUAGUUGGGGGCCAUCAGCCGCCGGCAUCGGAAGGGAAGGGGAUUAAGAAAGCCAAGAGGGAGGUAGUGGGCGGGGAGGAGAAAAAGAAAGAAAAUCCCACGGAUUGGAGCGAGUGCGCCGUGAAUUAUCUGUUGGAGGUGUACGAGGAAAAGUACGUGAGCUUGAGCAGGGGCAAUUUGAGGAGUAACGACUGGGAAGAUGUCGCUAGAUACGUCAAUUUUAAGUGCGAGGGUUCGAGAUCGGCGAAAACCGCCGAACAAUGCAAGUGGAAAAUGGAAAAUCUCAAGCGACGGUAUAAAGUGGAGAAACAAAGACAGGCCGCCACUGGCGCCGUCAGCUCUCUGUGGCCGUUUUUUCCUCGUAUGGACGAGAUGCUGAUUUCUUCAUUUAAGUUCGUGGCGACGUCGCCUGAAAACGGUUCUGGCGACGCAGAGGAUCACCCUGCCAAUGUGUCUGUCGUUUCCUUUUCUCCUCAGCGUGUCAACAGAGGUGCCCACGCAAAAGCAGAGGUUGGUUUCAAGAAGGAAAGUGACGUUUAUGGUAGUUGUGCCGUGGGUUCUGUCACUAUAAAGGAGCUUCAGAAGCGGAUGGCGGAUUUUGCUAGAGAACGAGAUUGGGACCAGUUUCAUUCUCCUCGAAAUCUCCUACUUGCCCUUGUUGGCGAAGUCGGCGAGUUGUCAGAGAUUUUCCAAUGGAAAGGUGAGGUUCCAAGAGGUUUACCAGGCUGGAACGUGUCUGAGAAAGAGCAUCUUGGCGAGGAACUUUCGGACGUUCUGCUCUACCUGGUUCGUCUUGCUGAUAUUUGUGAGGUCGAUCUGGGUCAAGCAGCGCUUAGGAAGAUAAAAAAGAACGCUAAGAAGUACCCUGUUGAGUUGUGUAAGGGUACUGCUAGAAAAUAUACCCCCUGUGAAAAUCCAAAUGGCGAUGAUGUAGCUCUAGAUAAGAUUUAAUCAUCCAUUCACCCUGUAACAUACCUUCUUAAUGAAAUUCUUGUUGGCCACGUCAGGGAAGAAAUGGGAAUGGGGGUAAUAACUUGAUGGCUGAAAAGGUAGGUCAGGUAUGGGACACAAAGCGAAGGCAAGCAGUUUUGUAUUAUCAAGCAAUAAGAACUUGCCCAGAUUAAGACGUGAGGAUGUUUCUUGCGAAUUACAAUGUAGCUUCUGAAGACCCGUGAAGACCUACUCCUUACUACGACUAGUUUUGUGUAGUCUGAUGUCUAUGAGUGACCUAAAUCCUCCUUCAUUAACCCUGCGGUCCACAUCUAAUGUUUGGGGCAUCUUCUUACAAGCCUUUCCACUGGAGUUCAACUUGUGACUUACGUAUGGAAAGUCUACGUUGUAAUACACCUGUUCUGUAAAUAGUCAUGACCACACAGAAGAAAUUAAGUGGAUCUAUGAAAUCGACUCUCUUUUUUGUUAGCUUCUUAUGGCUGCCUCAACUUAACGAUGAGCUUUCUUUAUCGGUUUUUUGUAAUAUUUUUAUGUUGAUUUUGUCUUGCCUGUUC